AUGGCUGGUUGGAUAAGUUUCGUUCUGAUUGCGAUCGCAUCGAUGAUCGCGAUAUCGGAAUCAAGAGUGAUUCCGGCUCAGCCUAUUUCUGGCAUGCUGGACACUUACAGCAACCCCAUAAUGUUCCCGCGAGAAAAAAGGACGGCGGUGCGUCCUUAUCCACACAGGGCAAUGAUGUUCACCGGAUAUUAUAGGCCGAUACGUCGCUCGAAUAACGGCGACCAAGCGUCGGGCGUCUUUGCACAAGGAAACGCCGUAAGCGGCGAAACGUUCUUCGGGGGUGUGCACACGCCGCAUCUAAAAAAUGGUCCGGAACCCAUCGAUGAACCGGAAGUUUCCAGCGCUGAGGCACAAGCGGCACCCCAAGAGGAGCAGGAACAGGAAUAUCCACCACAGCAACAUCAUCAUCAUCGUCAAGAACAGCAUAACAAACAUCACGAAGAGGAGGAACAGCAGGUAUAAAAUUUAUAGAUGUUGCGUAAACAUUAUUUUCAAAUAAAUAUGCAAAGGAAGCAAAAGAUUGUAAAGCCGAAGGAACAUCAUGAACCCGAACAGAUUCCACUAACCACGGAGAUUGCGCAAACGGAAGAGCCGAUUGCGGCCAGCACAAAGGUGUCUGUGACACGGCCAAAAGCGCAUCAGAAUAAGAAAGCGCACAAGACACCGGUGACUGUGGACACUAGCGAGGAAGAUGACGAAGACGAGGACGACGAGGAAGACGACGAACCGGUUGUACCGUUCGUACCUUUCAAGGGUAACAAACGCCGCCAGGGUUAUCCUAAUCUGAACAAUUUCUUCCCUAUGGUCUUCAGUUUUCCGAGAGUGGCCACUCGGGCUGGAUCUUCCGGCUCUUUUCCCGGUGCCAUCACUGCCAUUGCGAAUAGUUACUCCACGGGAAAAGGCGGAGUCGCCAGCUCGGUGGCCACUGCUUAUGGCGGAUCUCCCACUGGAAAGAAGCGACGUCAGCAGCAGUACGAGGAAUAAUUUCUAAAGCAAUCAUCGUGUUGAAGAAUUGAGUCCGUUAUCGCCUGAAAACGUUA